UAUACACACAGCAAAAGGAAGGCCGGUCCCGUGCUUGUUGCCGCCCCCUCCUCAGGCUCGGGCACAUUUUCCCCUCCAUCAAAAUCAUCAUCUUCCUCUCUAAGAAACCCUAACUGAAUCUUUUUCUUCACCCACAUUACAUUGAGCUUCUGUUUUUCCAUUCAAAUAUAUUCAUUCACCUCUUUUUCUUAUUGAAGAGAUAUCUUUGUUUGCUUGGUCACAAAGGGAGAAAAAAAAUCUUGUCGAUACGUUUGGGUUCUUGUGAGAGAGGAGGGAAAGCAAAAAACUUUGCUAGUUUUAAGGCUGAUAGAGUCAAAAGGUGAUUGACAGACCUCGAAAGUGCGCCAUCAUUGCGGCUGGGAAAAAGGAGUGCCUAUAGGUUCUAGUUCUUCUGGUUGCCUUGAUAAUAAAGCAAAAGGUUACAGGUAACAUUCUGAAGGAAACAUGGCUAGCAGUGAUGAUAUUCUUCUGUCAGCUGUUCUCAAUCUUCUAUCUGCAUUUGCAUUUCUUGUGGCCUUUGCUAUUCUACGACUCCAGCCAGUCAAUGACAGAGUGUACUUCUCAAAAUGGUAUCUGAAGGGAAUACGAGCAAGCCCAAGAAGUUCCGGAACAUUUGUGAGGAAAUUUGUCAACUUGGAUUGCAGAACAUACAUAAGGUUCCUGAAUUGGAUGCCUGCAGCUCUAAGAAUGCCAGAACCAGAGCUUAUCGAUCAUGCUGGUCUUGAUUCUGCUGUCUAUAUACGGAUAUACCUUCUUGGAUUGAAAAUCUUUGUUCCUAUUGCACUGUUUUCAUUUGGGGUUUUAGUGCCUGUCAAUUGGACUGGGAAACAUUUGGAGCAAAUUGAGGAUCUUACAUUCAGCGGUAUCGAUAAACUUUCGAUAUCCAAUGUCCCUUCUGGAUCACAGAGGUUUUGGGCACACCUGGUAAUGGCUUAUGCAGUCACGUUUUGGACCUGCUAUAUACUAUACAAAGAAUAUCAUAUAAUAUCAACCAUGAGGCUGCAGUUUCUUGCCUCUGAAAAUCGUCGGCCUGAUCAGUUUACUGUCCUUGUGAGAAAUGUCCCUCCAGAUCCAGAUGAAUCAGUGAGCGAGCAUGUUGAACAUUUCUUUUGCGUGAAUCAUCCAGAUCAUUAUCUAACACACCAGGUUGUUUACAAUGCAAAUAAUCUAGCUAAAUUGGUGGAGAAGAAGAAGAGCUAUCAAAAUUGGCUUACAUACUACCAAACUAAGUAUGAGAGAAACCCUAAGAUUAAGCCAAAGACGAAGACAGGGUUUUGGGGCCUUUGGGGAAAAACUGUGGACGCCAUUGACUAUUAUACCGCUGAAAUUGAGAAGUUGAGUAAAGAAGAAGCUUUAGAAAGAGAAAAAGUUAUGAGUGAUCCCAAGGCAAUAGUUCCUGCAGCAUUUGUUUCAUUUAAAUCUCGUUGGGGAGCGGCUGUCUGUGCUCAAACACAACAAUCAAGUAACCCAACCAUUUGGUUGACACAAUGGGCUCCUGAACCACGUGAUGUCUAUUGGGAUAAUCUAUCAAUACCAUAUGUUGAACUCAAUGUCCGCAAACUGCUAAUGGCUGUUGCUUUCUUCUUUCUUACAUUCUUUUUUAUGAUCCCUAUUGCAUUCGUUCAGUCUUUGGCAAGUAUUGAUGGUAUUGAGAAUAAACUUCCCGUCUUGAGGCCGUUGAUACAGAUGGAAGUUGUCAAAUCUUUUAUCCAAGGUGUUCUUCCUGGGAUUAUACUGAAGAUUUUUCUGAUUCUUCUUCCUAUGAUUCUAAUGGCCAUGUCAAAAAUAGAAGGCUAUACAUCACUUUCAUCUUUGGACAGAAGAUCAGCAACUAAAUAUCAUUUUUUUAUCCUUGUCAACGUGUUCUUGGGAAGUAUCAUCACUGGAGCAGCAUUUGAGCAGCUUCAGAGAUUUGUGGAAGAGCCUCCAUCAGAAAUCCCAAAAACAGUUGGUGUAGCUAUUCCGUUGAAGGCUACUUUCUUCAUUACCUACAUAAUGGUUGAUGGUUGGGCUGGAAUUGCUGCAGAGAUUCUUAGAUUGGUUCCAUUAGUUAUGUUUCAUCUUAAGAAUACGUUUCUGGUAAAGACAGAUCAGGAUAGAGAGCAGGCUACAGAUCCUGGUUCGUUGAAUUUCUCUGUAUCAGAACCUCGCAUACAACUGUACUUCCUACUAGGCCUUGUGUACUCAGUGGUCACACCCGUACUCCUGCCUUUCAUCAUCGUCUUCUUCGCAUUCGCUUAUAUGGUUUUCCGCCAUCAGAUCAUCAAUGUGUAUGAUCAGAAGUAUGAGAGCGGCGCAUCAUUCUGGCCAGAUGUGCAUCGUCGUAUAAUUGUAGGUUUGGUUAUAUCCCAGCUUCUAUUGCUGGGACUGUUGAGCACCAAAAAUGUUGCCAGAUCAAAUGUAAUACUGAUUGCACUUCCAAUUCUGACAAUCUGGUUCCAUAUAUUUUGCAAGGGCCGAUUUGAGUCAGCAUUUGUCAAAUUCCCCUUGCAGGAUGCAAUGGUGAAGGAUACACUAGAACGGGCGACAGAACCAAACCUUAAUUUAAAAGCAUAUCUCAAGGACGCUUAUGUACACCCAGUUUUUAAAGGUGUAGAGUUUGAGAGACCGACAGCACUUGACGAUGAGGAGAAUAAUCCACUUGUUCCAACCAAGAGAUGUAGGGGUAGUAAGACGCAGUCUGAAGAGGGCGUCUGAGACACGGGUUGUAUAGUCAGUUUUGUCACCCAAAACAGAUAGAAAGAACUUAAGAAAGCGGUUAUUCUUUCUUCGGUUUCCCAUUAUAGCUUGAGUUGGGAUUUCUGCAUUAGAAUGUAACUCAAUGGGAAUGUACUGAAUGCAGAACUCAUACGCGCAUAGAUGAUGAUGAUGAUGAUAUUUCAUGCGCCCUGUAAAUGCUCACUAUAGGAGAAAGAAUUCUUUAACUUGUUCAUACUAUGUGAAGUUUGGAUCUGGUUUUGUGCAGAAUUCAAAGGCUAAAAGAAAGAGUGUUUAGCCAUAAUGGUAAAAUUCAGUUCAUCCUUCUAAUA